AAAUUUUGAGCUUUGUAAUCCCUCAUCCCUCAAUCUUUUCUUACAUUAUUGUUAUUGUUUACGCUCACACAUCAAGAGCACGAGCAUUGAACUCCCUCCGACCCACAACGAACCAUCAUGGACUACAGAUCAAUUGAGUCUUCUGAAUCCUCAAGAAACAAAUGUGCUGCAUGCUAUAGACAAUUUAACAGAAAGGAACAUUUGGUGGAUCACAUGAGGACCUCCUUUCACUCUGUUCAUGAACCUAUGUGUGGUGUUUGCAAAAAGCGUUGUCGAUCCUUCGAAUCAUUAAGAGAACAUCUUAUUGGACCAUUACCAAAGGUGGAAUGCGCAAAGAUCUUUAGUAGCCGAGGAUGCAACAUAUGCUUGACCAUUUUAGAUAGCCCUUACACCCUCAGAAUGCAUCGAGGAGCAUGUCAACUCUCUCGCCCAAAUGGACUAAUUUCUAGCAUGGCAAACAUGAAAAUAUGUGACAAUAUGAAGAUUGAUUAUGGUCGAGAAAGAAGUCCUAACGUAGUUGCGCUUGCAUGCAAAAUGGUAGGAGGUGGUAAUGACGGAACACUUGAUAUUUGUGCUAGGGUUUGCCUAACUGAUGAAUAUGAUAACAUUUUGUUUCAAACAUAUGUUAAGCCUCAUAUUCCAGUGACUAACUAUAGAUUUGAAACCACGGGUAUCAGACCGGAUCACUUGAGGGAUGCAAUGCCAUUGAAGCAGGUUCAAAGAAAAAUUCAAGAUUUCUUAUGCAAUGGAGAGCCGGUGUGGAAAAUUCGAUCAAGAGGAGGAAAGGCUAGGGUUCUUGUUGGCCAUGGACUAGAUCAUGACCUUGAGUGCCUAGGAAUGGAAUAUCCCGCAUUGAUGAUUAGGGAUACCUCAAAAUAUCCUCCUUUGAUGAAAACAAGCAAGCUCAGCAAUUCACUUAGAUAUCUAACACAAGCAUAUUUAGGUUACGAAAUCCAGAUGGGUGUCCAAGAUCCUUAUGAAGAUUGUGUUGCUACAAUGAAACUCUACAUGAGAAUGAGGUCUCAAAAUCACAAGGCGGAAUAUUAUCCAUUAGCUAGUGACCCACAAAAUCGUAACAACUUUGCACAAUGGAGGGAAGCUGAACUUGAGAAAAUGACUCCAGAUGAACUAUUAGCAAUAUCAAGGUCUGAUUACUAUUGCUGGUGCUUAGACUUGAAGGGAUAUAUGUGAAGCAACAAAGUUUUUCGCCAUCAUUCGUGUUUUUUACAACAAGAAUGAAUGGAGGAGGGUAUAGUGAUAUACUGGUAUAGAGGACUAGCAUAUUCGUCCUAUAGUAAUUGACACAAUUAAACUUGAAACACGUGUGAAUGCACAGACAUAUAAAAACAUGUCUAAUCAUAUCUUUAAUUAGUAGAGUUUUUGUUUUAUACGUUAACCUAAGCUAGCUUAGCUUUU